GAGAGUGCAAAAAAAGAUUGCAACUUUUGUUUGUAUUUUGAUUGAGAGAGACAAAGGGAAAAGAAGGGUCUUUUCGUUCGUUUAUUAUUCUUUUUUUUGUUUUGUUUUAAUCUUCCCCUCUUCACUCUCUGCGUAUCUCUAUGAUGUCCGCUUUCGAUGAAAGGUCGGUUUCUUUUGAUGAUGAAAAGAAAAAAAGAAAGAGAAAUGGAGCAAUUGAUGAAAAGCCCGACCACUCAUGCUUUGGUCCGCGUGCUUUGAUGCAAGGCUGACCCCGACCCCUUGCCUUUUUUCUCUUUUUCCUUUUUUUCUAUUUUCAUUUUAUUUUUCUGUUUUCACGACUUUGUUGAUAGAUUCUUAGAGGGUAGAGAAGCCCCACUUAGGUUACCAGGCCCCUUUUGCAGGGGGUGUUUGUUCUUUGGUUUUGGAUUUUUUGAAGGCAUGCUCUUUUUGUCCAAUCAGAUUCUCUGAGCUCUUGUUCUUUGGCUUAUUCCCUCUUUAACUCUUCUCCAAGAAAUAUGUGAGAUAUUAUUCUGAUUGGAACAUUUGGUUCAAAGGAUGUGAAUUGAGGAAAGUAGAUGGUCCUUGGGUUUGGCAUUAGUUAGCUGCAAAGAAGGGAGUUUUAAUGGUGUUUGGAGGUUGAAGAAAGGGUAAAGGCCGAGUCUUUAUGGGUUCUGUUGACGAAAAGGUCAGGCCAGGAGGUUUGGUUAGUGGAGGAAACACCCUUCUUGAAGAGAUGAAGUUGUUGAAAGAAAUGCAGGAAACUACUGGGAUCAAGAAACACAUAAAUUCAGAGCUGUGGCAUGCAUGUGCUGGCCCUUUGGCAACCUUGCCUCAGGUUGGAAGCCUUGUCUAUUACUUCCCACAAGGCCACAGUGAACAGGUUGCGGUUUCUACUAAUAGGACAGCAACUUCGCAGAUCCCGAAUUACCCAAAUCUUCCAUCUCAGUUGCUGUGCCAAGUUCACAAUGUUACACUACAUGCGGAUAAAGACACAGAUGAGAUCUAUGCCCAGAUGAGCCUUCAACCUGUGAACUCUGAGAAAGACGUAUUCCCAAUCCCGGAUUUCGGUUUGAAACCAAGUAAGCAUCCGACAGAAUUCUUCUGCAAAACGCUGACUGCUAGUGAUACAAGUACCCAUGGUGGUUUCUCCGUUCCAAGGAGAGCUGCUGAAAAACUGUUCCCGCCUUUGGAUUACUCAAUGCAACCUCCAACCCAGGAGCUCGUAGUUCGAGACUUGCAUGAUAACACCUGGACAUUUCGUCACAUAUACCGCGGGCAACCAAAAAGACACCUUCUUACAACUGGUUGGAGUAUGUUUGUUGGUGCGAAGCGGCUUAGAGCUGGUGAUUCUGUUCUGUUCAUCAGGGAUGAAAAGUCGCAACUAAUGCUGGGCGUGAGGCGUGCUAAUCGUCAGCAAACAACGUUGCCAUCAUCAGUUCUGUCUGCCGAUAGCAUGCACAUUGGCGUUCUUGCUGCCGCUGCCCAUGCUGCUGCCAACAGAAGCCCGUUCACGAUUUUUUACAAUCCUAGGGCAUGCCCUUCGAAAUUUGUUAUACCAUUGGCAAAAUACCGAAAAUCUAUAUAUGGAACACAACUGUCUGCUGGUAUGAGGUUUGGGAUGAUGUUUGAAACUGAGGAAUCUGGGAAGCGCAGGUAUAUGGGUACCAUUAUCGGUAUAAGUGACUUAGAUCCAUUGAGAUGGCCUGGUUCCAAGUGGCGUUGCCUCCAGGUUGAGUGGGAUGAGCCGGGAUGUGGUGAUAAGCAGAAUAGAGUUAGUCCUUGGGAAGUGGAGACCCCGGAAAGCCUCUUCAUUUUCCCCUCGCUGACAGGUGGUCUCAAGCGACCUUUUCAGCCGGCCUUUUUGGGAACACAAACCGAAUGGGAUAGUUUGCUUAGCCGACCUUUUAUCCGGGGCCCGGAAAAUGUAUAUGGGGAUAUUCAGUGCUCGUCGAUCUCAAACAUGUGGUCCGAACAAGUGAUGAAGAUGCUACUUAGGCCCCAAGGUGUGAACAAUCCCGGUUUUGUUGCACCCACUCUACAAGAGACUAUUGCUCACGAGACUAUUACUAAGGCCGCUAUACCUCAAGAAGCCAGGAAUGUGAUGCCGGGGGCUACUAUCAAGCAGAAACCCGAGCUAAUUCCCGUGGAAGAGACAUCUACACAGAUCGAGAGUAAUGAACCGAAAAAUCCUUUGCAACAAGUGAAUCAACUGCAAUCUCCCAGGAAACUUGAAAAUCAGACCGUGCCAGCAAUUCCUAGUGAAGUGACAAAAUCAGAACCUAUGCUCACAUCAGAUCAGUUAAGUCGGCUUCAGUCUCUUGGGCAAUGCAAUGACGAGAAGCUACCCUUGACGCCCACAAAUGCACAUAAUCAGGUGACCCGGGGGGCAUUUUUGACCCCGAAUAAUGAUUCGUUUCCAAUCCAAGGAAGCCCGUGGCUCAUGCCACCACAGUUUGAUUCGCAGGCUCCGCAGAUUGACCCGGCUAUCAUGAAUGGCUUUCUUCAAUGCCCUGAUAAUAGGGAAUGGGGUUCAUAUCUACCCUCUGGGUUUCUCAGAACUUCCGAACCUUUUUCUACAUUGAGGAAGCCGGACCAACAACCAUUUAUGUUACCCGAUGCAGUUAAUCCAGUUGGUCAAGAACUGUGGGACGAUGCAAAAUGUUUUCCCCAAGGGAACCUCGAAGCCCUACUACCCUCGGGGGAAGACAUUUCUAACCUUCACAGCAUGGCUGAUUCGUAUGGUCUGAAAGACUUGUCGUCCAACCAGAGCCAAGGACAGAGUGAUUAUAGUUGUCUUAACUUUGACGGUAGUAAUAGUGGAAGCGUAGUGAUUGAUCCUUGUGUUUCAAGUGCCGUCUUGGACGAAUUCUGCACCUUGAGAAAUGGCGAUUUCCAAAACCCCGCAGAUUAUCUAGUGGGCAAUUUCAGUUCUAGCCAAGACGUCCAAUCACAGAUCACUUCAGUCAGCCUCGCAGACUCUCAAAAUUUCUCUCUGCAAGAUUUUGCAGACAACUCGGGUGGUGCUUCGUCAAGCAAUGUGGAGUUUGACGAAAGUGCCCUUUUGCAGAAUAGCACGUGGCAACCCGUAGCACCACGCGUCCGGACAUACACAAAGAUUCAAAAGGCUGGAUCAGUAGGCAGAUCAAUCGAUGUCUCGAGUUUUAGUAAUUACUAUGAAUUACGCUCAGAAAUUGAACGCAUGUUUGGACUGGAGGGGCUGCUAAAUGAUUCCAAAGGCUCGGACUGGAAACUGGUUUAUGUCGACUUUGAGAACGACGUUCUUCUUGUUGGAGAUGACCCAUGGGAGGAAUUCGUUGGUUGUGUCCGAUGCAUCAGAAUUCUUUCGCCUUCUGAAGUUCAGCAGAUGGGCGAGGAAGGAAUGCAGAUCUUGAACGCGAAUGCAAUGCAGGCGGCUGUUCAUGUGUCUGCAACUGAGGGUUGUCACUGAUCGAUCUGUGUACUAUGAUUCCACUUUGUUGCCUAUCUCGGAUUAAGGAAAGAUCAGUUCUUGCGUUCUCCUAGCUUUGUGGGAAUUGUCGUUUAGCUGUCAAAUGUGUAGUUGCUGCUGGCCAAUGCCACUCUUUGUAAGAAUUAUUUCAAGUAUUGAAGAGUUUUGACAUUA